UCUUAAUAUUAAAAAAUAAGUGAGAUUAGAAACAUGUCAAAAGAUGCAAAGGAAAAGAUGAAAAUAUCAGAAUUGAGGGUUCGACCGUCAGCAGAUCUGCUAGAGUCUGUUAGGGAGGAUGUAAAGGAAAAUCCUAAAACACAAAUCCAGUGUGGAUAUCUGUCUGAGACAAGCUCUAUAUCCUCUAAACCUCUGGAUAUCUGUGGAAAUGAAACAAAGAGAGGAUCAAGAAUUAUGUGGGUUCAUCUCCAGGCAAGUAUCUGUACAGAAUGGGAGCAGUCCAGUAUGGUUAUGAUGACAGGUUCAGAGGUUCAGCAAGAUCCAGAUUCUGGUUCAGUAAACACAGGAUUAUCAAAUCUACCACAACAGCAUUCACCUGGAAAGGACUCGAUAUCUCGAAGUUUGUCCAGUUUGACAAGCCCUGGUCAGAAUGGAUUCAAAAGGCCAAGAACCAUUCAUCGGUGUAUCUUGAAAACCUCUACAAGUCUGCAAGAUGCUCUGGGGAGUGGUUUGGUGUGUCAUGUUUGUAUCUCAGCAUAUAGUACCUAUAAGAGCUACCUAACCCACUUAAUGGAUACUACCUGUCUAAAACUGCAACAAGGAAGAAAUAUUCUAAAUACAAAGGAUUGUAUUUAUUCAGCAGUCAGUGCAGCUAGAGAGGAACAUGCCUCCUCAACCCCUCCUGUAGUUCAUGACUUCACCACACUUAAAACAAAUAUACUCCGUGGUAUUAUGAAGGACACCCCUCUCGAGGAAGUUCUAAAAAGCAAUCUUCCAAAAAAUACCAAAUAUCCGAAUAUGGAAAUAUCUUCAAACAAUCCAAUCAAAAACCUGAAACGAGCAAGAAAUAUGUACCAGGUAGGGAAUACUCCAGACCUGGAUCAGGAUAUUCAAAUCAUCUUCGAUCAAAUUCAUCCUCAUUCCUUCCUUAACAAGAAGGCUAAGCUUAGCACAGAAACCGGUUUAUUAGAUGAAGAGGAGAAGAAAAAUACUAGAGUUGAUAUAAAGAAAGAAGUUGAGCAUGUACUGCUUGGAAUAGGAGAUCCUGAAUUUGAUGAUCAAGCUGCCUCCGAGACCCUUCUAAUGCUUUCUUCAGUUAAAAACUCAAAUGCAUCAACUAUUGUAUCAGCUAGACCACGGUCUCCCUGGUUUACAACAAGAGAGCAGGGUAGGAUAAUCUCCUAUUGUCCAUGCAGUGCUGCACUCAGGCUUCAACCUUUAACAAUGCAGGAAAAUGCUGUGGAUAUCUGUGAAGAGAAUGAUCUGCACAAGAAGCUUUCAACUUUUCUUAUAUCUUUACUCGGAGAAAAAAGAUUGAGGGAGUAUGGUUUUCCCAAACUUGAAAUGAACAAUGUUCUGAAGAAAAUACUCACUGUGGCCAAUGUACCAGUUGCCAAGGAAGACGCUCUAUGUACUGAACGCUGCAAGAUGGAUUCAGGUUCUGGUAUGCAGAAAGUGUUCCGUAGUUCAAGAUACAGGCUUCAGACACUCAAAACCAAUAUUAUUGCUCUCUUACAAAUCUGUGUCCCAGAUGUAAGUAUGUGGAAUCUAUUUGGUUGGAAGGAUUGCAAUGCUGGACAAAUUCUUCAAAUCUGCGCAGAAAAUGGGUUAAACAAAACCUGGAAAAUAUCACAGGAACAAGCACACUGAUUCAAUGGUUUUCUGCUGUUUUAAUUGAAAAUUGCAUAAAUUCUAUAAAGUGAAUAUAACACAAUAAAGAAAAUAUCGAUUUCA